UUAGUACAUUGGGUGAACUAUCACUUUAAGUGGCAAUAUUCUGGACUGCUCAACAUAAUUGCAUAGACCAGUGAAACUGCUCCAUAACUUGUAGUCUGACCUUCAUUCAUGAACUUUAAGCAUGACAUUAAUACAGCGGAAGUCCUAGAUAUUCUAAGCUUGUGGUUUGAGAGAAAUAAUAUGAAUCUCAAUCUGUGCCUGUGCAUUCAUUUUUCUCCACAGAAGAAACACCCCACUCGUCUAGAGAGGUACACAAAACUUACUUCAGCAGCCAUCAAAAGGAAGUCAUCCACUGAAGGUUCUUUGGCCCCACCCUCCAAACAAACCAAGCUGUGGGAAACUCAAAGAGUGUCCCAGGCAAGUGUAGAUAAAGUAGUCCUCCAAUUUAUUGUCCAAGGCUUGCACCCACCACACAUUGUUCAGCAACAGGGCUUCAUUAAUCUUGUGCAACAUCUUCAGCCAAAUACAAAUGUCAUGACACGCAAUACUGUUGUCAACAAAGUCACAAAGGCCUCUUUUGAAAUGAAAAGAAAACUGAAAGCUGCUCUAAGUGGAAUUGAGUUCAUAGCAACAACAACGGACUGCUGGACAGCACACCGUUGCGGUUUCAUUGGUGUCACUGCACACUGGUUUUACCCCCAGACCAUGCAGAGAUCCUGUGCUGCACUGGCAUGCAAGCAGCUAAAAGGGUCCCACACCUUUUCUGCCCUGGCUGGUGCCCUAAAUGAUAUUCACACAGAAUUCAAUAUCAGAGAGAAGAUUGUUCGCACUACUACUGACAACGGAUCAAACUUCCUGAAAGCCUUCAGAGUUUAUGGGCAGACUGAUGAGAACAACAAUCCUGAACCUGUAGGAGAGGGUGAUGGAGAAGAGGAUGAUGGUGGGCAAAAUGAUGAUCACGAUGAAGAAGAGGAAAGCUUUGAGGGUGUGGAUUUUGUUGAUGCCGGAGCUCUGUUGGACGAAGAUGAUUACUUGGAAUACCAGCUACCCAAGCACCAUCGCUGCGACUGCCACCUCCUUAAUUUAGUAUCCACAGUUGAUGCUUCAAAAGCAGAAGUCAAUCCAUUGUACAAGCGUGUGUCAAGGUCCACAUUUGCCAAAUGCUCUAGCCUGUGGAACAAAAGUUCAAGAUCAACCACCGCAUCUGAAGUAAUUGAAGACCACUGCAAACUCCAACUCGUAAGGCCUGUUGGUACAAGGUGGAAUUCACUAUUCUCAGCUGUAGAAAGAAUAGUGAGAAUAACAAGAGAACAAGGCGAAGGAGCCCUCGCAGCUGUCUGCAGUGAACUAGAUACACCCAAAUUUACUCCAGUGGAACUUGCAUUUCUUGCAGAAUAUUCAAAGACAAUGAGCCCAGUUGCAAAGGCACUGGAUGUUCUUCAGGGAGAAACCAGUGUGCAGAUGGGUUGGUUGGUCCCCACCAUAACUCUACUAAGGACCAAGCUCCAGCACCUUCAGGUCACCUCCAAGUUCUGUGAACCUUUGAUUGCUGCACUUCUUUCAGGCCUUGAAAAACGAUUUGGCGAGAUGCUUGCUGAUCCAGAGCUGAUUGCCGCAGCCAUUCUAGUUCCUAAAUUUAAGACCUGCUGGACAAGUGACGAAAAUAUCCUCAAACUUGGCCUUGACUACAUCAAAAACCACUUGGACUGUCAGGCUGAGAAUAUCAUCAAUGAGGGCUCCCAAUCAUCUGAGGAAGAGGACUUCUUUUCCUCCUUGAAGAAGACCAACCCGCUUGAAACAACACAGCAGUUGGAUGCAUACCUGGGGUGCCCAGGAGACACAGUAGAGAUUAAGCUUUAUUUUGAACUCAAUCAGACUUCAGAUAUUAGCAGUCACACCUUGUGGGAGGCUUUCAAAGCAUUCAUUCGUGGCCAGUUGACCGAUCUAAUAGAGAGACAGCUUAGGCAAUGCAGACAGCAGUUUUUUGAGAAUGGAGACAAGGCUGGUAAGCUUUUGGCCUACCAGGCCCUAUCGGCUAGCACUUCGAGAUGGAUUUCUGCUGUUAGUUCUCCAACAGUUUCUACUUUAGCACAGCUUUUCAAUCACUCUUUUAAGGUGGGCUGCCUCCCUCCUACUCUAUCUGAGGCCUUUAUCUCUUUGUUCCUUAAAAAGGAUAGGGAACGACUUCUUGCGGUAGUUAAAGAGCACAGCACUGAAACAGCACUGCUCAGGGUGACAAAUGACCUUCUCAUGGCAGCUGAUUCCGGAUAA